GACAGGGGUCUAAGAGUCUUAAAAGCUCUGAAAGCCCUGGGGACGCAGAGAGGAAAGCGUAGAGAUGGGCCUUUUGGGCUUACCUGGCAAUUUUGAAUUAUGGACAUGGUGUUGGAGAACAGAUAGACUGCGCCCAAGAACCCAGCCUGUCAGAGAAGGACCUAGAGGCUGCUCUGGAGGAGCCUGGCUAGGAAGGGCCUGAGCGCUGCUCAGCAUGCAGUUGGGUGGAGUGGGCGGGAGGGCCCUGGGAGCCCCGCCCCUUACAGACUUCUGACACAGCCUCAACUCUCAGGGUCCUGUGCACAUCUGGGCAGCUGGUGGGAGCAUGAACAGCUCACAGGUGGGAGCCGCGGCCAAGGCUGCCUGGCUGAGCUGCUGCAACCAGUCGGGGUCGCCACUCCGUCCCCCGGAGGGGCCACGCAUGGUACAGGCAGUAGUGCUGGGCGUCCUGUCGCUGCUGGUGCUCUGUGGGAUCCUGUUCCUGGGUGGAGGACUCCUCCUCCGCGCCCAGGGCCUGAUAGCCAUGCUGGCUCGAGAAAGGCAUUCGUCUCCGGAGGCCGAGCCUGGUGCCUGUGGAGCGGACGAAGACUCCUAGGUGUCAGCCCCUCCUGUGCUGCCCGGAGCUCAUUUCUGGGGGCGCAGCGGGAGUCUAACCACAAGCUCUUGUUUCCUGCACAGGUGCUGGACAUCUCCCUCACCUGCCGCCCACCCACACCCCAUUUGUGCUUGUGAUGAUGGACUGAAGACACCGGACUGGUGACUCCUCAUCCUGGGACCCUGGCACUCAGCUGCCUCCUCCGAGCUGCUCCCAACGCUCCUGGGGUGGGCGUAGGGGACUCGUGCUCAGAACAAGUGAGUCUGCUUGGUGACUGCUGUGUCCCAUGGGCACUGGCUUUCCAUUCCAGCUGUGUGGACACACUAGUGUGCCCUCUGCACACCAGGCCUCUGCGGACAUGAGGGCAGCUCCUGUUCUGCCUGAUACUACAUGGCAGUAUCUGACAACCCAGCGACCUGUUGCUGCUGAGAACCUGGGUUAGUACCUCCCUUCUGGAGAGUGCGACAGCCACCCGGCAAUGCACCAUCGCUUUCCAUGGCUUUGCUAUUAAAUAGGCCGGUAAUGCA